AAUUUUGUGCGAAGUGGAUGUAUCUUGUUUUGUUAUCAAAAAUAUGUUAAAACAAGUAAAGUUACUAAAAAUAUAGUUUAAAAAUCAGUCAAUUGUUAAUUUAGACAAAUUUCAACUUGGGCUUAAAUUAAAUUAGGCAAGGGCCAACGCAAGGAUAACGGAGGAAGUAUAUUAGAAUGAUACAAAAGUUUUGUAUCUACAUAAUAUAAUUGUUUACAAAUACAAAGCCAUAAAAAAUGACGAAGGCAGCCAGUACUAGACGGGUCCGUAACCAGGCUUCAUCCCUUACUGUACCGAGACAGAAUUCAUUACCCGACAAUGGAAGAGCAAAGCAGAAUACUACCUGUGAAAUGCUUGCAGCGAUGAACAAAGAACAGCUUCGAGCUGAAUGCAGAAAACGUGGCCAACGAUCUUCUGGCAACAAAAACGAACUGUUGGCCCGGCUCGGGUACUACAAGCUGGCGGCUGCUGUACAGCAAAACGAUACGGACCAGCGUCCGCGCAACGGUCUGCACACACAUCCGAAAGACAUUAAGAAUAAAGCCAUCCAAAUGGAUACCGACAGUUUGGUGCUAUGGAGGCGGCCGCUGACCACGCUAGAGUAUUUCUUUAGAGAACUCCUUAUAUUGAUCUCAACUGGCCUGCAAAGAUUGCUGGCGUACAAGUUACUCGCUUUAGUAAUAGUUUUAUCGAUUGCUGCUACUGUGACGUCAUACUAUGUAGGUGGACCUCACCAACCAUAUGUUCAGUUAGUGGUGGCGAAGGUAGCUUGGUGGGGUUGGUGGGUGGUUCUGGGUGUGUGCAGCUCGGUGGGGUUGGGCACCGGCCUGCACACCUUCCUGCUGUACCUCGGGCCGCACAUCGCGCGCGUCACUCUCGCCGCCUACGAGUGCGGCUCCCUCGACUUCCCUGAACCACCUUAUCCUAAUGAUAUAAUAUGUCCCGGGGAGAUAGCGGGUGAGGUGUCAGUGUGGAGCAUAAUGUCUAAAGUUCGCAUAGAGAGUAUGUUAUGGGGUGUUGGCACCGCACUGGGGGAGUUACCACCAUACUUCAUGGCACGAGCUGCGAGACUAUCUGGUGGUAGUCUCGCUGAAGUCACCGACAUCGCUGAUGAUAAUACAAGGAGCGGCAGGGCUAAAGUGAUGGUGCAGAAGUUGGUACAGAGAGUUGGUUUCGCUGGUAUAUUGGCGUGCGCGUCCAUACCAAACCCACUGUUUGACCUCGCAGGUCUCACUUGUGGACACUUCCUAGUCCCGUUCUGGACGUUCUUUGGUGCAACUGUACUUGGUAAAGCUGUCAUUAAGAUGCACAUACAGAAGAUGUUUGUUAUUAUUGCUUUCAAUGAAGCUUUGGUUGGACAAGCCCUAGGAUGGGUAUCUAAGAUACCAUACCUUGGACCAAAACUCGAAGCACCAUUACUAGAAUUCCUGCGUAAUCAGAAGUCAAAGUUACAUAAACGGGAUCCAUCUGCACCUUUGCCUGAGAACCAAGGGUCUUUGGUAUCGAGUUUACUAGAAAAACUAGUUCUAACAAUGGUGCUUUACUUCGUGGUGUCAAUAGUGAAUGCGCUCGCACAGAACUACAGCAAGCGUAUAGGAAAGAGGAAGGGCAAGAAACGGGAUUAGGGAACGAUGACGCCGGCCGAUGCUACAGCGGGACAGGCAUGGCGGCGUCCAGAGAGUACACGACUACGUAGGUAACAGUACAUUCACACGAUAGAUCACAUCUCACCACGUAUUCUAACAGCUCUAAAACAAUAAUAUAAACUCGUCAUCUCUAUACACCAGUACAGAAGUACGUCUUUCUCAUCAUUUGUAGGACAAUUAUCAGAUAGAAUAAAUAGGAUUGUGAUUUUUCUGAGAGAACUAGAGAUUAUAGUUUUUGUGCGAACUUUUUAUCAGUGGAACCCUACG